AUGAAUGCAACUCAAGUAAUGUUGGUUGAGCAGAACUUGCAAAAAACACUUGCUCCUAAGCUUAAGUUUUUGCAGUCAAGAGGAGCUUCAAGCUCUGAGCUCACUGAGAUUGUUUCAAAAGUUCCUAAAAUCUUGGGAAUGAAAGGGGGCAAAAGUAUCAGAAGAUACUAUGAUAUCGUCAAAGAGAUUAUAGAAGCGGACAAGAGUUCCAAGUUUGAAAAGUUGUGUCAUUCUUUGCCACAGGGUAGUAAGCAGGAGAAUAAGAUCAGAAAUAUUUUGGUUUUGAGAGAAUUGGGUGUGCCUCAAAGGUUGUUAUUCUCAUUGCUCAUCUCUAAUCACCAUGUCUGCUGUGGAAAAGAAAAGUUUGAAGAAUCACUCAAGAAGGUUGUUGGGAUGGGUUUUGAUCCCACCAUCCCAAAGUUUGUGGAAGCUUUAUGCAUUGUUUACGGAUUGAGCGAGAAAAGACUAGAAGAACACUUCAAUGUCUAUAAAAGGUUUGGCUUAACUGUUAGCGAUAUAUGGCAACUUUUCAAGAAGUGUCCUGCCUUUCUUGGAUACUCAGAGAAUAGGAUAUUUCAGACAUUUGAUACCUUAAAGAAGUGUGGUCUGUGCGAAGAUGAGGUCUUGUUAGUGUUCAAGAAGAAUCCACUAUGCUUACGUGCUUCAGAGCAGCAGAUAUUGAACUCCUUGGAAACAUUUAUAGGCUUAGGAUUCAGCAGAGAUGAGUAUGUGAUGAUGGUCAAGUGCUUUCCUCAGUGCAUUGGUUAUUCUGCAGAGAUGGUGAAGAAGAAGACUGAGUUUGUGGUAAAGAAGAUGAAUUGGCCACUAAAGGACAUGACUUUGUUCCCUCAGGUACUUGGUUACAGCAUGGAGAAAAGGAUUGUACCUAGGUGCAACGUUGUGAAAGCUCUCAUGUCUAAAGGAUCACUUGGAAGUGAACUCCCUCCAAUGGCUUCUGUUUUGGCAUGUACCGAUCAAGCUUUCUUAAACAGGUACGUGGUGAAGCAUGAUGAUAAGCAGUUACCUGUACAAUACAAAGAAGACACCUAUAAAACAAACAAGCCAAGAGGAAAGGGGGAAAAACUAUCAGGGAAUCUACCCAUCUACACACACACACAGAGGCAAGCAUAUCUCUGA